AUGCUUCGAAUAGUGUUUUUGUUAGUCGCGGUUCUAGACCUAACCUUGGCCAGUAGGAAGCUGAUGAGAGUCCCGCUCUAUUCCAGGCCAAAACCGAAUAAAAGUGAGCUAUUCCUGGCCAGAAAUGUAACAAACGGAAAUGAAAGACUCAGAGUGGCUCUGAAAACUCGCCAAAAUGUGGAAUUUUAUGGCUACAUUUCAAUGGGAACCCCAGAGCAACAUUUUAGUGUGAUCUUCGACACGGGUUCCUCGAACACCUGGCUGCCUUCCACGAAUUGCCCCAAGAGCAAUGCCGUCUGCCAGCGGCACAGGCAGUACAACUCCUCCAGCUCUAGUAGCCAUGUCCCGGAUGGUCGUAAUUUCACAUUAUUGUACGGAUCUGGCAGUGUCAUAGGCUACUUAUCGAAGGACACCCUUCACUUGGCCGGCGUUGAUAUACCCGGUAUGGUCUUUGGGGAAGCAGUGUUCCAACACCAGAUGGCUUUUGAUGCCGUUAGUUUUGAUGGAUUAGUUGGCUUGAGCCUGGGGAUUUUGGCCUGGAAAAAUUCUACACCUUUCCUGGAGAGGCUCUGCGCCCAACGACUGGUUGAAGAGUGCAUUUUCUCCGUUUACCUACGCCGUAUUCCGGGAGAGACUCCCAGUGGGGAGAUAAUCAUCGGUGGCUUCGACAAGUCCCUGUUUGAAGGGCAGCUCCACUAUGUGCCAAUUAUAAUGCCGAACUCUUGGAAGCUACAGAUAAACCAAGCCUUUGUGGGAACUAAAGAAAUCGGUGGCAAAGUGGAUGCCAUUUUGGACACGGGCACUUCUCUGAUGUUGAUGCCCCAGAAAACCUACUUUAAUUUUCUGAAAAACCUGCCAGCCAAGCUUGAGGAUGGUAACUAUGUCCUCAGCUGCGAGCAGGAAUCUCUGCCGGAAAUCAAUCUGCACAUUGGCGGCAAGGUAUUUCCCCUCACAUCCGAUGACUACCUAGUAGAGUUGGUAAAGGGCGAGGAAAAGAUUUGUGUUUUGGCCGUGGCUCCCGUUAAUAUGGACUUCUGGGUGCUCGGCAAUGUUUUCCUGUGGCGAUACUACACUGUUUACGAUGCCACCGGCAAGAGAAUCGGAUUGGCCAAGGCGGUGCAAAGUGAUGGAUAAACAAAUAC